ACUUAAUUAUCUAUAGUCCUACUAAUUUACAUUGGACAACAUAAAUUAGUAGGUAUGACUUUUUUUGCUAUGUGAUAAUUCUUGUUUUCUGGAAGUGGGCCCUAGAACCAUUAAAUUAUCCCCUCAAUAAGUUCACUGUGAUGGCUCCUGUUCGCUGCAUUGGUUGCCGUACUCAGCUCCUAGACUCAGAAAACCACAGACUUCUUGAUGCACAUUCUGCUCCUCUGCACUCUUCUUCUACUGGUAGUGAAGAUAUAUGCCCGUCACUGAAGGAUAAAUCACACCUAUACCUUGAUGCUGAAAACUUGCCCAACUUUGCUUACAGUGCUGUGAUGGAGAGUGGCUUCACAACGGCAAGGCUGAAGUGUCCCAAAUGCAGCUCAAGAAUUGGUGCCUUCAACUUUGUGAAGGGCUGUCAGUGUGGCUGUGGUGCUCACAUUCUGCCCUCUGUACAUCUCAUUUUCUCCAAGGUGGAUUAUUCUGGCUAUGCUGUGAGUGCGGCAGGCAGCAGCAUGAGCUGUUCUAGCGACGCUGCAGAAGAUGAAGUGAAGGAGCCUCUACUACUGCGGUGGGACGACACUCUAGAUCCUGCAGGAGUUACUAGAAUUGCUCAAGCUUCUCAGUCGCCACCAAGUCAGCAAACUAAAAGCAGCAUUCAACACUCAAGCUGUAAAUCUUUAUCUGCUAAUGACGAUGUUAAAUUACUUAAUAAUCAAGAGCUAUCUUGCACCGCACCGCUACCUGCUUCUUAUUCUUUGGACAGUUUUUUAUCACACAGUUCUGCUUGCAGGGACAAGGAUAUUUUAUCUACUGCCACAGAAAAUAAUGCGAAUUCUGAUGAAUCUAAUCAAGCUGCCAUGCAAGCAAACUCUCCAUGUGAACCUGUACCUGAUGUUGACUUUGAAUUGCCUAGAGUGCUUUCUCUUACUAAAGACAAAAGUGCCCGAAAGUAUUGCCCGACAGAUGAAGGUGAAUUGAGUUUUCCGAACUAUCACGACGCCUGUACCCUGACGCACGCCGGGAAAAGUUCUAGUCCAGCUUCGAACAACUCUUCUUUAAUAUCAGAUUCUGAAACUGGCGAUAAUCCUAGCACCUCCUAUGACAAUUCCAACAGCCACACCUCCACAUAUCCUGUUGAGGAAUCCUCUGUAAACCAAAUAGACGUGACUAUAUCAUGUCAAGGUAACUCACAUAUUCGCAACUGCGAUAUGCCCACUGUUAGUGUAAUUAACAUCAGCAAUUCAGUUCAUCCCAGCUCUUCAUCUGCAUCAAUAUCAUCAACCAAUUCUCCAAGCACAUGCGUCACCACCACCACCACCACCGCCGGCACGUGCGCUUCAACCAUCGACUCCACCACCAAGGUGGCCACAACGAGCACCUCCGAGUACCCUGAGCUCAUCGACUACCCUGAUCAUCUGCUGUGCGCAAUUUGCCUUGAGCUUUUGUUCAGCCCGUUCUGCGUGAAGCCGUGCAGCCACGUGUUCUGUGAGCCAUGUCUCCGGCGCCUCGCCCGGCCCUGCCCCACCAACACGGCGUGUCCGCUCUGCAGGGAGAUUAUAGGAGCCUGCCUCCCAGCCGCAGAAUAUAGCCGUGAAGUUCGUCAGAAGUACCCGAAUCAGGUGGCCGAGCGCCAGAAGUUUGAGCAGAACCACAGUGCGCAGCAUCUUCCCUUGCCCUGGCUACAGAAUUAUAGAUUCCUGAAUUUCAGCAGCACGCGCCACCCACGCUCUGGGGUGUACACGCGCUACAGCAACUGGUGGCGCACGGCUCUCUGGAUCUUCUGGGUGGACGCCAUAGGCUUCCUGCUCAUCCUAACCCUCAACUGGUUCCUCACCCAAAACAUGGGAGGCAGUGAGCAGCAGCUGCCCUCACCUCCCCAUCUCCCCGUCAGCCAUAACCCCGCUGUCGUCCUGGACGGUAGUGGGGACGGUGGAGGGUUUAAACCUAGGAGGGGAUCUGAUGGUGGGGAAAGUUUCGAACACUACAUCCACAGCAUGGGAGCUAGGGAGAACGCAAUAAAAGGCAUGGCUUCCACGGACUACCAACAAUACAUUAAGUAUCAUUCACCGCACACUGCAAGUCCAAUCCAGACCACUGCCUACACUGCUUCCCCUGGCGACCGACCUUUGGCUCAUAAUGAAAAAACUGUAAAUUUCAUGGAUGCGAACGUUGUUUCCAACGACAAAAAUGAUGCUGAUAAAUCAUCUCCCAACGACGAAUAUGAUCUAAAACCGUCAUCAGAAGAAGCUAAGAGACGUCAGAGAAGAUACACGAAGCGGAUACCUGUUCAUUUCUUCAACAGCUUUGACAGCUUCGGGGACGUAGGAAUAGAUUUUGAUGAACAUGCCGGUACCAAAACGCUCGAAGGUGAUUCUGAAAAUGAACACGAGGUCGUCACUAAAGCUGGCAGCACUCAGCCUCGUGCUCGCUUCAACUCACGUACCAGAAGCUCGUCGAGGCUGGCAAAGGGAGUUCCAGACUCUGACGACGUCGCUGCCGAAGAGGCCGUCCCUCCACAAGAGGGCGUCAGAUGGGUGCUCGCCUGACUAGCGGCCGUCACCUACGACUGGCUCUGGGAAAGUCCUUUUGCUCUUCCUCUCUUUUACGAGGGACUCCUGCUUCUUGCUGACGUUUUCGAUUUCUAAAUUUUAUUUCACCACCUUUGCUAAAUCACCGAUAAAAUCGAUGUUUAUUCUAUGCAAAGUUGGUCAUAAUCCAUGCUUUCCUUUUUUCUGAAGAGGUAUUCUUUGAGUAAAACUGCUGUUGAAAUCUACCGUUUUUUGCUGAAGUUGGCAGCAGUAAAAUGAAAGCAACAAGCUUGCUCCAGAACCUCGAAAUGAAAAAAGAGUGUUCACAUUUAA